AUGGUACAUCCGGGAAAAUUAGAAAUGCAAGAUAAGAUGGCGGCGCCGAAGGUGACAGAUACAAGAACAGAAUUGGCCGAACUGAUCAAGAAAAGGGCAGAGAUCGCUGAAAGCCUAGCCAAUCUAGAGCGCCAGAUAUAUGCAUUUGAAGGAAGUUAUCUUGAGGAUACACAGCUGUAUGGGAACAUAAUCAGGGGGUGGGAUAGGCUUUUGACAAAUAAAACAACCAAUACAAAAGUUGAAAGAAGAAACAGAAAAUUUAAAGAUGCUGAACGGCUGUUCUCCAAAUCUUCCAUAACAUCUCAUGCAGCUAUAGCAGCUGGUGGUGGCCUUACUGAACCACUCCCUGAAAAAAAGGAACCAUCUUCCCAUUCAGACCAAAUUCAUCAUCAGCACAGCCAUAUUGGGCGUGUCCACAAAGGCUCCCACAAAAAGAGAAAGCACAAAAGACACAGGAUUGAAUUGAGAGUAAAAAAAGCUGGCCAUAGGUCAAGAGAACCAAGCUUUGGAGAGGAUGAGCAUGAAGAUUAAAAGAUCCUCCACAAUUAUUUGUGCAUUAGAAAAAAAUUUUUUGGGGCAAGAAAUUUUCUUGCAUUUGAGGAAUAUUUUGUAGAGGAAGGAAUAAGGACAGCUAUGCUAAGAUAAAUUAUGAAAGAAGAUGAAGGUCAUGUCACUAAAGUUGACAGACCUGCUGCAUAGUGUAAAUUUCUCAUUAUUACUUUGCUGAGGGAUUUACAUACAUAUGUCACAUAGAUUUUUCCUUACAGUAUGGCUUAGUAAUUGAUAUCACAAGAUAAAAGUGCCCUCUUUAAUAUUUUUGUUUUGAGAAACAAAUAAGUAAACAAGUUUUCAAACUUUUCAA